AACAGAGUCGGAGAGUUUCUUGGAAUAUGCUGGGCUUAGUCCUUGUUUGACUUGCUCUAUAAAACCCAACAAAUAAACCCCAUUUCUUUGUGUCUAAGAAAAACUCAAAAACUCUCUUCAACCAGAAAUUCAAUUAUGAGUUACUACAAUCAGCAGCAACCCCCUGUUGGUGUACCACCACCACAAGGUUAUCCACCAGAAGGUUACUCUAAAGAUGCAUACCCACCACCAGGGUAUCCUCAGCAAGGGUAUCCACCACAGGGUUAUCCUCAGCAAGGGUAUCCACCUCCACAGUAUGCACCUCAGUAUGGUGCUCCACCUCCUCAACAACAUCAACAGCAAUCUAGUAGCACUGGAUUAAUGCAAGGAUGUUUGGCUGCUCUGUGCUGUUGCUGCCUAUUGGAUGCAUGCUUUUGAGGGUGUAAAUGAUCUGUGCCAUGUGUUGAUGGCAAAAGCUGAUUGAAUCAAUUAUAUCAUAGUCUAGACUUUUUCUUUCUGUGUUUUGUCCUAUACUUUGAUAAAUAAUUUGAUCUUUGAUGUGCUGAAGAUUCCAAAGUGUUUGUUUUGCCAAAUUAUAGGUGGUUGGUUAUGUACAAUGUGACAGAUUCUAUUUUUAUUUUUUUAAUGUUUUGGACCUCAAAUAUUAUAAGUGAAUCAAUGCACCUUGCUCUGGUUACAAAUU